CGUCAUCACCCUGAGUUGCGCACCAUCGCCAUCCGUGUGAUGCACUUGUGGACGUCCGCCUCUCCUGCGGAGAGGAACUGGGCGCAGCACGAGCGCAUCAACACGGCGAGGCGCGACAAGUUUGGCUUUACCAAGCUUGCACAGCUGGUUGAGAUUGGGUGUGCACAGCGAGGUAGUGGCUACGUGUUGCCCUGGGUUAUGGGGACCAGUCUGGAGAAGACCGCGGGAGGGCAAGAGGACGACGAGGGAGACGUGGACCCCGAGGUGUGCGGAGCGCGACCUGCUGGCAGUUUCAGCGAGCAGGACAUCGAGCGCCAGGUCGUCGCUUUCCAUGCUUGCCGACCGCCCAGAGCCGACCCGGUUCAGGACGUGUUUGGCAAGAGGGCGGUGGAGCUGCGACCGUGGCCGGAGCAGACGUCUGACGCUGAUGCGGACGGCGACACGUCGGACGACGAGUGGACGGACGAUGACGACGCUCCCGUCAGCGACGACGCGACGGCAGAGCGGGUCUAUUUCACGUACGGCGGAGGACCUAACGACAUGACUCCACAGACAUCCGUCAUCACUGACAAUGUGCCAUCCGGUGGUCAGGCCAUUGGCACCGGCAGAGUCGGUGGUCGUCGUCGACGACAACCGAGUGCCGACGAGCACGUAGAGGAGCAGGAGCCACUCCGAGGCCUUCGGCAGAUGGGCAAACGUUGGGAGGUCAGGAGCGACAACGAGCCGGAAGGGGCGGAGGAGGAGGAGCAGCUACGCACCGACGACUUCUAUGCCGACGGCUCUGACAGGGGUUUGGGGGAUCUCAGUGCCCCGAGACAGGGGGGUACCUCACUGUCGGACGUGCUCCUCGACGAUUUUGAUGUGCGGGGCCAUGUAGAGACCGCGGAGGAGCGGGAUGCCUGGGUCGACAAAGAGGAGGAGGAGCGGCUGCGAACUUUGCCGGGAUGGGAGGGUCGUUUCGCGUAUAUGGAGGAGCAGCGCCGACACAGGGACUUGGAGACAGGGGGUGGGGCGGCGGUGACGGAGACAACGUUGGUUUUGGUGGGGAGGCUGAUGCGGGGGCGGCCCGACAGGGUGUCCCCACGGGUGUUGAGGGAGAUGGUGUCGCCGUGGGUGGUGGGGGAGAGGGUGGCGACGAGGACGAGGACGAGGACAAGGAGGGGUCCGACCACGGAGAUGACCACGGCGAUGACGGCGACGACGGCGGCCACAGCGACAACGGUGGCGACUUUCAACAUAAAAAUUGUGGGCAUUGUUUUGGGCGGUUUAUCAAAUAUGGGCACCCCUUUUAAACUCUCAUCGCCGGGUCUCGGACCAGACGAGGGCGGAUUACGAUAUCGGGAGGGGCGCCUUCGCAAGACAUUUGUCACCUCAGUUUCAGGUUGCGGACAGCAGCGAGGGUGGCUCCRGACGUCCGAGUCUUCACAUGGCAGGCCGCAUGCUCGGUUUGUCUCGAUCAGCGACGAGGAGAGUUUUGAUCCCACCGCCGAUUCCGGCCCGAGGGACAGUUGCAGACAUGCAGCAAGGUCAGCACUACACAUCCGGCGAGGAGGGGUUGCUGAUGCGGAGAGGACUAGACGACAUAGCGCCAUCACGGAGGUUGAGGCUCUACCUGCAGUACAGAUCGCCGCCAGCCAGGCUGCAUUGGACGCGAUUCAAAGGCAUCGACAUACGAUUGCUGCAGCGGGGGCCGAGGACGAGGACGCGGACACAGAGUCCGAGCAGAUUGACAGUGCAGUCUGCAGACAUAGAGGGGCCGUGUCUGCGGCAGCCGCGACGACAUACAUCAGCGGUGCGCAGGGCACAGGUGGUGGAGGGGUCGGGGAGGAGCGCGUGGUGGAAAGUCCACCGGGAGAGGCCGCGGGCGUCCUUCCGGAGGUAGAGGAUCUAGACCUUCCGCAAGGAGAGGGAGGCGUUAGUCUUUACGAUGGCAACAGCAGGCGUCUUUCACCGCCAGUGGAAUAUCUCGAUCUCGUGCUGAAGGCGCUGAAAGACCGUCCGGUUCUUCCGCGAGAAUAUGUUUUUCGGCUUCUGCCAGCCCAUGAGAAGUCGUCAAGCUUGGCUCAAGAAACCUUUGUGACGCCAGUGGGGCACGGGAGUGUGAUUCACAAUGCUGGGGGUCAGGGCAAGGGCCAAGUGUGCAGCAUUCAGACGGAGCUCGGCUCGGACGCUCUUGGAAACACGUCUGGCUUGCAUUCUCCACAUGCAGGGACUCACCGGGUCGGUACUUCGAAAACCCUCAAGGUCGUCUGCCAGGGCGACACAUAUUCGAUUCGAGAUGAGAAGAGAAGAGACGCGGGCAGAUCAGGGCAAGAUGUUGGAGGGAAUGAGGCUGAAGGGAUGAGCGUUGUGCGCGACAGCUCAGGCGGGGAGCUAACUUCUUCGGAGAAGAAACGUGAGCGACAGAAGACGGUGCGAGAAGAGGUGGCAGAACAAACACGACGCGGGAAGAGGAUGAAAGGACACUCAAAGCCGAUGAUUGGCGAGGAUGAAGGUGACGUCGAAGAACGUGCCUCGGUAGAGAGGACGCUAGGGAUGCGUGGCAGACAAGAACAAGGAGUGAAAAAAAGGCAGUCGAAGGAAAAGGAUGCAACAACAACUAAGAAAGCGAGGAGGCCCGACAGUUUGACCAUCCGCGAAGAACAAGCUAUGGGUGAAGGAGAUUCGACUCGUCUAGGCAUUGCCACCGCGAGAGAACCUUCAGACAAAUCCAAAAGGAAACUGGCUGCUGAAGAAGGCGAUGGCCAGAAGAAAUCUCGGAGGAGGAAGACUGCUGAGGGGACGACAGGUAGCGAAAGGGCGGUCGGCGGGCAAUACGACGAAGCGGCCGCGUUUGGCUCGAAUACGAGCGGAACGAUGAUAGUGAGAUCGUGGAGAAGGAGCUUCCCAUUCAACAGCUCAUCGACCCCAGGAGGGUCUGCGACAUCCCCCCGUGGGAACGAUAUUACAAUCACCGCAGUCUCACUCGCGAUGGUCAGUCUCAUGGAAAACACAAGACACAAGAUGUCUAAGCAGUGUGCACAGAAGGUUGCUUUCGAGGAUAUGCGAGAGGCAUGGGAGAAUCAAGGAAGGUCGGUGGCCAUUCAGGGGAACCCUUCUGGUAAGGAGGCUGGAAAACAAGCGUUUUUCGAAUUCCCAAAGUUGCUUUUGGGAAAGUGUCCGAACGGGGCUAACUGGACGAUGGCACGUAAAGCGACAACGCUUGCCGACAAGAAGCACGUCGCAACCAUUGGCAAUGAAUUGAGGCAAUGGAUGCCGCUCGUGACGACCGGUGAUGACGUUUUCCGCAAAGGCAUGAAGUUCUACGACAAAUGGGCCGAGGGAAAGUUUUUGGGCAGAAACGGGAAGACGCCCUUGUGGAUUCUCGAAAUGGGUUUGAAAGGAGCGACUGGUGAAAUGAAGAUGGGGUCGCUGGUCCAGGUCCCGCCGCCUCCGACCAAAAAGAAAACGCAGGCGGACGACAAGUUCUUCGUCGUCGUGAAAGAGUCAGACAUGUUGUGUUGGCAGUGUCUCGCUGACAUCACCGAUGCUGCAAAACUGUCGAUUCUCGACGACAUUCUCGCGCUGAAGGGAGUGUUUGUGCAAUCGGCGGGCAUGAGUCCGAAACGCCAAGAUAAGCCUGAAAUUAAAGACAUGGUAGCGACGAGGAAAGUGGACCGCAUGAUGCUCCGCAUGUUUCACUACAUCUUGUUCCUUGAAUCGGAGGAGGACACAAAGGUUUGGCGCUACAGGAGCCCUUUUUUUCGGACCGAGGGGCAGCUUCUGGCGGAGUUCGGCCCGCAGGGCCUCACGAAGCAGGUGUGGGUCGAACUGCAAAAGCAUUUCCAAGGCGCGGUGGAGUACGUGAACACUUGCAAACGUACUCUUUCGUACGAGAAGGAGUCCCUCGACGAAACGAAGAGAAUGUACGAUGAUGAGAGGUUUCCUAAAUCUUUCGAGAAGUCCGUGCGUUCCAUCUUGAGACGAACGUUGGAAGAAGUCCAAGACACGAUCAGGGUCAGCGGGGAUGUGAGGCACAUCAAAUGGCACAAGCUCAACCGGGUGACCAGCCUUAUUCCUUUCGGUUGUCCGCCUUCCCAAGCUCACAGUCGUCUCACUGAGAUCCGCGAGAUUGUGCGAAAUUACGUAUGCAACUUGUACGUCCUCGAUUUGUGUGAUCCCACACUCCUCUCAGACUGGCAAGAAGACGAUUUCUCCUCCUUGCAAGGCGUUCUCCAAACCCUAUCGCCAAGGCACUGGGCACUUAUCGUCUUCUUCCCUUCUCGUUCGGAGCUCUGUUUCUUGAAAGGCAUGACUAAGCUUAGCGUUCAUCACGUAAGGACAGGGAAGUGGGUGCGCCAUGCAGAAAGGAAGGCCACUGUUCGGGAAGACAAUAUGCUGGUCGAGGAGUAUGAUCGCCUGUACGUGAUUUUCAAUGGCGAGAACCUGACACACAACACGGUCGUUGUCUUCCCGGGGAGUAGUCCAUCGAAGCCUCCCCGCCAAAAGCUAGAUGAGUUGUACGCCAACAACAUGUUGGAGUUUCGAGCGCCUUUCUACGCACUGGAGACGGCACCGUCUCGUGGCAUUAACUGGCGCAUGCCGCAACCUCCGUCGGGUGGUCAGCAUCCGGGAGGCGGUAGAGGAGGGGACGAAGGAGACGGCGGAGGUGACGGAGCAUACGGCUCAAGCUCUCAUGGAGGUGGUGACGGAGGAGACGGCUCAGGAUCUGUUGGAGGAGGUGAGGGAGGAGACGGCUCACGAUCUGCCGAAAAGGGGUCAAGCGGGAAGGGGCCGGGCGGAAAGGGGUCGGGUGGAAAGGGGUCGGGCGGAAAGGGGUCGGCAGGGAAGGGGUCAGGCGGAAAGGGGUCGGGCGGAAAGCGUAGAGCAUUCAGGAGUCGUGAGUCUAUGGAAACUGAUAGCCACUGUGUAGGGAGUCGAGAUUCCGACAUGCGAGACGAGGCCGCCCUGAAGUCUUAUCAACUGCGAAUAGAUUCGCACUUGUCUGUGAGGACUUUGUUUCCCGAUAUUGAGGAGAGUCCGUCCCACCGUACGCAGCCGACGUCUCCUUCUCGCAAAGUGUUGGAGGGGCCCACUGCAGGAGUGUUGGAGAUCGGGGGUAGCGAGUAUGAACGUCAUGCUUCGAGGGGUGUAUACGUCGACUCUGAGACCAAGAGCACAGCAACUCCUGAGGAAGAGGAGCUCUCAUCGGGAGCGCAUGCUCUGGAGCGGGAAGAGGAGACUCAACACAGGCAGUCUCGCAGAGUGUUGACGACCGGGGCUAGCGAGCAUGAACGUCAAGCUUCGGAGGGUGCGUCAGUCGACUCAGAGAGCAAGAGUACAGCAACUCCGGGGGAAGAGGAGCUCUCACAAGAAGUGCAUGCUCUGCAGCGGGAAGAGGAGACUCAACACUGGCCGGCUCGCGAAAUGCUGAAGGGGCUCGACGCAGGAGUGCUGGUGACCGGGACGUCCGAAGAGGUUCUGCACACUCAGUCGGUUGUGGCGACAACGCAAGAGGGUGACGUUAAGGGACGUCAGUGGACGUUUGAGGAAGGCAAUGACCGUGGGGAGGAAGGGCGUGUGUGGACGUUCGUUGAAGCUUGGCUUUUUGGCGAUGAGGAAGGCGAAGAAGAACCCCUGGUGGAAGCUCGAGUUCAUGGCGAUGAGAAAGGCGAAGAACCCGUGGUGGAAGGCGGUGUGGUGGCGGUCGGCAUCCAGAUGAAUCCAAAGCGAAAAGUUCAUAAUUCUUCGUCCACCCGCAGUGAAGAACAAGGUGAUCGAGCGUCUGUCCUCUGUACCGGUCGGGAAAUGGUACUUUACGAAGCCAUCGAGUUGGGUAGCGACUCAGCUGCCACCGAGCUGGUUAACGACUCGGCCGUGGCUGAGGUGCAGAACGUCGAAUCCUCCGUCGACGUUGGCACAGUGGCAUGACAGGAGGGCGAUUUACCUCGAAGGACUCCCGAGCACGUUGACGUUUUAAUCAAGUAAACGCUUAGGUGUCGA